UGAACAAGAUUGAGUUCUGAACUUUCAGUCCUGGUGUGCCUUAAAGCCAGCAACAAAGGAAUUGCUUUGAGCUGCAAGGAGUUUAAAAAUUACUGUCCAAAAGCAGCAAGACGAAGAAUGAUACGCUAUCUUCGAGUUUUUUCAAUAUGAAUCAAUUGAACUUUUGAUGCUGUGACAGCGGAGACAUCAAUUCUUUCAAGCUUUGCUUCUAACAGCACGAGAUUCCAUUUUCACAAUGAAUUCCACCCAUUCUAUAUUCUAUUUGCCGACAAUGAACAGCACAGAAGAUCUGAAUGAAAGUAUCAUCCUGAACAACAGUGCAGCCUUCUGUGAACAGGUCCCAAUUAAAUCUGAAGUGUUUCUGACUCUAGGAAUCAUCAGCCUUUUGGAAAACAUCCUGGUUAUCCUUGCUAUUCUUAAAAACAAAAACCUCCAUUCUCCAAUGUAUUUUUUCAUCUGUAGUUUAGCAGUGGCAGACAUGCUGGUAAGUGUAUCUAAUGCCUUGGAGACAAUUGUAAUGGCAUUUUUAAACAGUGGCUUCUUGGUGGCUACUGACCACUUUAUUCAGCAAAUGGACAAUGUUUUUGAUUCAAUGAUCUGUAUUUCCCUAGUGGCAUCAAUAUGUAAUCUACUGAUUAUUGCCAUUGACAGGUACAUCACUAUCUUCUAUGCUUUGCGCUACCACAGUAUUAUGACAGUAAAACGGGCUUUAAUUCUUAUGAUAUUUAUCUGGAUUGCUUGUAUCUGCUGUGGUAUUACCUUCAUAAUUUAUUCAGAUAGCGAAACAGUCAUCAUUUGUCUUAUUGCCAUGUUCUUCACCAUGCUUUUCCUUAUGACUACCCUUUAUGUCCAUAUGUUUAUGCUCGCUCGUCUACAUAUUAAAAGAAUUGCCACAUUCCCAGUCAAUGGUAUUGUCCAACAGAGGACUUGCAUGAAAGGGGCCAUUACCAUCACCAUCCUGCUUGGGAUUUUCAUUAUCUGUUGGGCUCCCUUUUUCCUUCACCUUAUCCUCAUCAUAUCAUGCCCUACAAAUCCAUACUGCAUCUGUUACACAUCACAUUUUAACAUGUACCUGAUCCUCAUUAUGUGUAAUUCGGUCAUUGAUCCCGUGAUUUAUGCCUUUCGGAGUCAAGAGAUGCGCAAGACUUUCAAAGAGAUCUGCUACUGUGGAAAUCUCAACUUACGUUGUAAGUGGUAACUUCCUCAGCUUCACAGACUGCAGCACGUCAAUAACCUUUCUGCUCUGUUUGAGUUACCAGAGCAGGGUUUUAAACUCACUUCAGAUAACAUCGUAUUACAAUGCUGUGAAAAGAAAUCUUUCGGACAGAACUUUGGAUAAUGGAAGCCCUAAAUUAAAGUCUUCAGCAAAUUUAAGUUGAAAAUGAUGGUUGCAGCUUCUGGAGUGACGAAAAGCAGACUGCAUUACUCUUUCAUGUUGCUUUACAGUAAAAGCA